GCGUCUGUUCCAUAUUAAAGGGAGCACACGGAAAGUGUUAUCUCCGUGUUCCUCCUCACGCCGCUUGACCCUGGCCACCGCCAUCCUACGGGAAUCUCUCUCUCUCUCUCUCUCUCUCUCCUCCUUUCCCCUCUGGGCGCGACGAUUGGAGUACUGGUGUAUCACUUAAUCUGCAACAGCCGGAGAAUUGGGAAUGGUCCGCCGCUUCGCCGGGGGACAGCUGCGCAGGACGCAGCAGCUCCGGCGAUCAGGCGUGUAUGCGCUGUGGGCCCUCUCGCUGGCGCUGGGAUUGAUCGCCGUCUGCGCGGGGCUGGUUCUCCGGCGAGCCAACGUGCUCGGCCGGAGAUGCGGGUCCGGCGGGAACCCGGGCGGGCUCCCGGGAUGGGAGCGGGCGAGGAUCGCGAUGGUGAGCUGCUCGGCGGCGUCGGGGGAGGAGGCGGGUCCGCGCGAUUUCCAAGGGCUGAUGGAGCUGGUGACGCCCGGGAAGCAGAGGUACGCGGAGGCGCGAGGGUACGACUUCAUCGACGCCAGUGAGGAGGUGGACAGGAGUAGGCCUCCCAGCUGGAGCAAAAUUCUCGCCGUCAAACGUCAUUUACACAGAUAUGACUGGGUUUUCUGGAAUGACGCCGAUUCGCUGGUGACGAACUUUGACAUCUCCAUAGAAGAAGUGUUGGCAGAUGCAAUUGGAGAUAUUGGUCAUGCUCAAAGCUUUCCGGACUUAAUUUUAACCACGGACGUCAAUGGAGUUAACGCAGGAAUGUUCUUCAUGAGAAACUCGUCGUGGAGCCAAGCUUUCCUCGACACCUGGUGGAACCAGACGUCCUUUAUAAUCCGGCAAGUCGGAUCGACCAAGAGCGGCGACAACGAUGCCCUCAAACACUUGGUGGGCAGCUUGCCGCCGGAGCAGUUCCGGGACCAUGUCAGGAUCGCAAGGAUGCAGUGCCUCUUCAACUCCUACCCUUGGAUCCCUUCCCUCAAAUCCACUUUCCGGCUGAUCACCGCCCCCAAAACCACUUGGCGAGGUGCUUUCUCGGAUGGAGAUUUCAUGGUGCAUUUAGCUGGGCUGGAUGAUAAAAAGAAGUGGGCGAGGCGAUUUCUUUGCAGCGGAUCGUUGAAGCAAUUGGGGUGCAUGCAGGCACUUGAAAUGAUGUAAAAAUGCAUGUCGGAAUUUUUUGUUUUCUUAGGUCCCGUUUAUUUGCUGUAUGUUAUGUGCAACCCAGAAAAUUUAUCAUUUACUUGACGAAAUGGCCUGUUCAGGCUAGAAGAUCUGUGAAACAAGCAGGCCCUUACUCCUUACAAGUGCAAUGUGAAACAGCUCUCAUUCAGUUUGUAAAAAUAAUGGCCAAGUGGAAGGUUUAUGCUUCAAAUUUUGUUGAGCAUAUGGGAGAUGGUCAUUGGGCUCCAUAGCAAAAGAUGCAGCCGAAAGGAAGCAUCAUCACAUUGUAUAAAGAUGCCUGCUUAACUGUGGUGACUCAAGUGGGUGGGCGUCUCGGCUUCAUGUUGUAUCUUUUCAGAGUUGUCAUACGUCUCACAAGUCACACCGCCCUUCUCCAAAACGAACUUGUGGAGGACAUUUGGAUGUUGUGAUUGUCCAGAUAUUUGGAUAUCCAGAAAAUGAAUAACUCUUCUCUGCAUAUGUAUGUGCCAGGUAAUGUAUUUACAGAGAAUGUUUCGAGG